UCACGUGUUUAGUAUUCUUGCCAAUCUGGUGGUGGCCGCUCGUUGCUGUCUGCCCGAGGAGCUCCCAGUGUUGUGGGACUGGCGUUUUGUUCUGUAGGGGACGUCUUAAUUGUGACUAUAUACUGUGCAGUGUUCGGUGCGGCCAAUCAGUGUUUCGUGGUGUGUUGGUGGCGGUGUAUUAUUGAUCUUUAGUGUGUCAUUGUGUUGCACAGCAUUACCAACGCCAGUGCGGUAAUCAAGCAACUCUUCGCCUGGUAUGCACUACACCUCUCCCCUCCCUCCAUCUUAUCUCCCUCGCAAAUUUAACACCUGCAAUGGCCGCGCACACCUUUGAUGAGCUCCUCACGCACUUGGGCACGGGCUGGUGGAACGUCAUGUACAUCGCUGCCCUGUGCCUCCGCCUGACGCUGCAUCCGAGUCAGUCCAUCAGCGUAGUCUACCUGGCGCCCUGGCAUGAUCACACAUGCGUACCAGACCCCGCCCACCUCAACCAGACCGUCUCCAGAGAAACUUGCCACUACGUCAUAGAGAAGCCGGCUACGGAGGGAGAAGGCGGUGAUGGUGAUGGCAGGGCUGGAGGGGAGGGCGGGAGAAGGGAGAUGCUGGAGAUUCCGUGCACGCAAUGGGAGUUCAACACGAGCACCUUCACUUCCACGCUCACCUCGGAGUUCGAAUGGGUAUGCGAGAGAGAUCACCUUCGCGCCACCUACCAAGGCGUCUACAUGUUAAGCACCGCAAUCACGCCUCUGCUGAGUGGAUACCUGGCGGACCGGUUCGGAAGGAUGAAGGUGCUGGUGGCGUCCCACGUGGCCCUCUCCGUCACCUCCAUCUCCCUCAGUUUCGUCCAUAGCGUCCCCCUCAUCUUCCUCCUUCGCUUCUUCACCGGUUCCUCCGAAAUAAUGACCGGCCUCGUUCUGACCCUGGAGGUGUGUGAGCCGAGGCACCGAGUAGCCGUAGGUGUGCUGACCGGCAUCGCGUGGUCAGCUGGCACGAUGUUAUGGGGCACACUGGCAUACUUCAUCAGGGGGUGGCGGCAUCUGCAGCUGGCGGCGUCCCUCCCCACUCUCCUCGCCUUCCCGAUCCUCUUGUUCAUGGACGAGUCUCCGCGCUGGCUGAUCGUGCGAGGCCGGUUUGAGAAGGCGAAGCGGGUGCUGGAGAAGGCGGCGAGAUGGAACAAGAAAACCCUGCCACCCGAGGACCAGCUGGACAACCUCUUCUCCCGGAUAUACAGCGAGGAGACGGAGGAGAUGAAGAAGGAAAGUCCCCACACGCCGCCACCAGAAGAUGCUGACGUGGUAGCUCACAAGCGCUGCUGCAGGAGGCAUCGGCUGUGUUGGAACAAGAACAUCGCGCUCGUCACCAUCAUCAACUGCAUGAUUUACUUCUGCGUCGCCCUCGUGUUUGAUGGCCUUAACCUUGCCGGGGACCUGUACAGCGACGACCCCUUCCUUUACCUCAUCCUCGGCGGCCUGGUGGAGGUACCCGGGAUCCUCUUCGCGGCGCCCUUAAUCCAUCACUUGGGACGAAAGGGACCGCUCGUGGCGUGCCUGUUCGGGAGUGGUGUCGUGAACGUGGCUCUGUCUGUCCUUCCGGCUGCGCACGUAACGACAUCCCUGGUAUUGGCCAUGAUGGGGAAGCUGCUGGUCUGCGCCGCCUUCCAGAUACUCUACGUGUAUUCCAACGAGCUGUUCCCGACGGAGGUGCGGGUGAGCGGCGUGGAGGGGGCCAGCGCCGUGGGUCAAGUCGGGGCUCUCAUGGCGCCUUACUUCAGUACCUACCUGGGGCCGCUCGUCUCGUGGCUCCCCUCAGCCGUGUACGGGGGUCUGAGCAUCGCGUCAUCAUGUGCGACCUUGCUACUGCGUGAGACCAAGGACAAGCCGCUGCCCGACACGAUAGCGGACCUUGAUGCUGCUGUGAGGAAGCGAAAUUUGAGAACGGAAAUCGGCGACAUCAACAGCGUGGAGGGGAGGUACAAGAUCAGCGAAAUGGCAACGUUACGGGAAUGGGGAGUGAGGAGCGUCGAGGCGUAGAGGAAAGACUGACUAGUUGGUGCCUCAGCUCUUCGUCCUCCGAGGCUGUGAGGAUGAUGAAGAUACGUAAGUGGUUCCUGAAGGCUGUGAGUUAUGUGUUAAGUGCUUGGAGUGAUGAAGAAUGGACGGAUACAAAGAACGGAACCUUACAUAUCACAUCAACAAAUACAGAGUUCAGGGGCUCAAUGGUUCGUAUAGAAGGUUGUAUAGUUAUAUUGUUGUUCAUCUCUUUAUACGAAUCUCUAGCGAAGGUUAUCAGUUCUGUAAGGAACGAUACAUAUCAGCUAAACAAAUAAUGAAGUCCAGAAACAUUCAUGACUAUUCAGAAAGGAUUGCUGAGUAAGUUAUUUUCGCGUUCUCGCCUAGGUCAUUGGGCACGGUCAACGACCCUGGGGAGAGCAACAUGCAUACAUCAGGUGAACAAAUGUAACUCUAGUGCAGUGUCAAGGAGAAUCGAGUAGAGGGAAGUGAGGGGAGUUGGUCUCGUGUUCUCCCGGGUAGGCACUGGCUGCGGUCAUCUCCCUCUAGCCUAGGAGAAUGCUGCAGCUGAUCACUUCCUGUAGAACGCGAAGACAUAUAUCUCAAAGGCAAGCAUUUCAUUGUCUCCUAGCUACCUCCCUCUUCCUCUCUUCCUGUUUCCGUAAUUCCCUCCCACUUCCCGUCCUUCCGUCUUUUCGAUCAUCCCUUCCCGCCCCUUGCCAAGAAAAGGUGUGUGUCUAAGGAGCAAGCAUUUUACUGUCUCAUCGCUGCCUCCCUUCUGUCUGUCCCUCUAUCCCCAUCCCGAGCUUCCGUGUCUUCGCCCAUCCCCUCCCGCCCCUCCUCAGUGAGUUCGCCAUUCCUGGGUCGCCGCCUCGGUCCAGGGGGCAGCGAAUCGUCCAUACAAGUGACCUGACUGAGUCUUUGAAACAUUACGCUCGGCUGUGGUUUUGUGUGUAUAAAUGUAGAUAUAUACGUUUAUUUUGUCUCAAAUUAGCACUGCCACUGUUUUUGUUCCUGUGUGCUGCGUUGUGUCGAGAGGAAUAAACUAUUAAAACCCAAGCGCACCGUUCUUAAUGCCAGA